AUGAGCGGCAGAGGAAAAGGAGGCAAAGGACUCGGUAAAGGAGGCGCUAAGCGCCACCGCAAAGUUCUCCGUGAUAACAUCCAGGGCAUCACCAAACCCGCCAUCCGCCGCCUGGCCCGCCGUGGCGGAGUCAAGCGUAUCUCCGGCCUCAUCUACGAGGAGACCCGCGGGGUGCUCAAGGUCUUCCUGGAGAACGUCAUUCGGGACGCCGUCACCUACACCGAGCACGCCAAGAGGAAGACCGUGACCGCCAUGGACGUGGUGUACGCGCUCAAGAGGCAGGGCCGCACUCUUUCAAACAGCAGCAGUCCCGGCUCACCCAAUCACAGCCAGGGACUAACGGCCUUCCCGCCUCUCCGGCUCAGCCAAUUACAGCCGGGGACUAACGGUCUUCCCGGCUCUCAGGCUCAGCCAAUCACAGCCGGGUUACAGCGCAGCCACAUUUCCAUCCGGUUCCGAACAACAAACAUGCCUGAACCCGCCAAGUCUGCGCCCAAGAAGGGCUCCAAGAAAGCCGUGACCAAGACAGCCGGCAAAGGAGGCAAGAAGAAGAGAAAGACCAGGAAGGAGAGCUACGCCAUCUACGUGUACAAGGUGCUGAAGCAGGUCCACCCCGACACCGGCAUCUCCUCCAAGGCCAUGAGCAUCAUGAACUCGUUCGUCAACGACAUCUUUGAGCGCAUCGCCGCCGAGGCUUCCCGCCUGGCUCACUACAACAAGCGCUCCACCAUCACCUCCAGGGAGAUCCAGACCGCCGUGCGCCUCCUGCUGCCCGGAGAGCUGGCCAAGCACGCCGUGUCCGAGGGCACCAAGGCCGUCACCAAGUACACCAGCUCCAAAUGA